AUGUUAACUGCUAACAAUUACAAAAGGAAGAGGCCAAGACUCUCUUCCACACAACUAGUCUCGUCCAAAGGCUCUGAGGGUCCGUCCCACAGCGCUUACAAGAAGAACCAUCAGCAGUACUCCACUGGAGCAUCUUAUACUGACCAAGAGGUCAUCAAUCUUGACUCGGAAGCCGAAGAUUACAUCUUCAAAGACAGCGACGGGAUGGACGAUUAUUUGGGUCUCGACGAACCCGAUAUGAACUUGAUGAAUGGUACUGACAGCGAUUCUGGUUUGAUCAGCAGGGAUAGUUCCCGUCCCAGAAACUCUUUCUCCUCUUACUAUAAUACGAACAAUAUUAAGAUCGCUAGCCUAAAAUUAUCUGGUUCCUCAACAUCAAGUGGUCCCCGAAUUAAGAAGAAGAGAACUAAGUCACUUCCUCAACUCUCGUAUUCCAAGCUCAAUUAUCAGCCAAAUUUCGAUAAGAAAUCAGUCCAGGAGAAGAUUGGAGAUGUGAAGACUACGCUGAUACAGCACCAAUUCACAAAUUAUACUUACAACACGCCAAAGUCUGUGAGUAGAAAGCUAUCAUUCAAUGCUGAUGCCCCUUUGAAUUUGAGUACAUUCAAUCAACAUAGCAGCAACUCGUCGUCCGAUUCAUAUGAUUCCGCAAAUACUUCGGCAACUUCGAUUGAGGAUACCCCUUGUGACGAUAAGGAUGGUCAUUACAUUAUAGUGCCAGGAGCAUCGUUUGCCAAUGACCGAUUUCAAAUCCAAUCAUUACUUGGCCAAGGUACAUUCGGUAAGGUAAUCAAAGCCCACGACAAAUACAAUAACUGUUCAGUGGCAAUCAAGAUAAUACGUGCCAUUCCAAAAUACAGAGAAGCCUCAAAGGUUGAAUUGCGAGUACUCACGAUGUUGAAGAAGCAUGACCCGGAAAACGAGAACCAAUGUAUUCACUUGAGGGAAUGUUUCGAUUAUAGAGGUCACAUUUGCAUUGUCACUGAUAUCCUGAAGAUAUCUCUUUAUGACUUUCUAGAGAGAAACCAAUUUCUUCCUUUCCCUGGUUCUCACAUACAAGCUGUUGCAAAACAGCUAUUAAGGUCGGUUGCAUUUUUGCAUGAUUUGAAUUUGAUCCACACCGAUCUCAAACCGGAAAACAUCUUGCUCAAAGACGAUUCUUACACGAGGAAACCAUAUCUAAAGCCAAACGGAAGUUCAAGCUCAUUAACAUAUAGAAAUAUUCUGAAUGACCCAAAGAUCUACACAAUUGAUUUCGGAUCUGCCAUUUUUGAAGAUGAGUAUCACUCUUCAGUGGUGUCAACUCGACAUUAUCGUGCACCUGAAAUCAUUCUGGGAAUAGGAUGGUCAUACCCAUGCGAUCUCUGGUCUGUGGCUUGUAUCUUGGUGGAAUUAGUGACUGGUGAUGCUCUGUUCAAAACUCACGAGAAUGCUCAGCAUUUAGCUAUGAUGGAGCGGACUCUUGGUGAACCUGUGGAUCUCAAACUUGUGAGGAAAUGUUUCAGUCAGUAUUACUACAACUCUUCCUCGCGUCGCAAGUCGACAUCAAACUCCGAUUGUAUCGCGAACUGUUUUUCAAAGACUACAGGAAAACUCUUGUUCCCAACACCGCAAACUCCUAUGAAGCUGAUUGACGAAGUUGAGAGGCUUCCAACGCUUGCUGAUCUGAUCGGCUCGAAGGUUGGUCUUCCGUUUGACAUGAAGUCGUCUUUGAAAGAGUCAAUUGCAAAGUACAACAUCUCGAAAAAACAGUAUGACGAGUAUGAAUUUUGGUAUUGGUUUAUUGACUUGCUCAAACAUCUCUUCACAUUUGAUCCGGAGAAACGUAUAACUGCAAUGGAUGCUCUUGGUCAUAAUUGGUUCAAUCACGGUAUUUUGGAUGAUGGCACUUGUUCAUGA